GACUUCACCCGGGGCCUUCGCUGUUGCUGCUGUUGCUACAUGCUGUCUGCGGCGCCCUCUUCGUGGCAGUGGAGUCGUGGAGCUUUUUGGAUAGCAUCUAUUUCACCUCUGUGGCCCUUACAACGGUUGGCUACGGGGACCUUACGCCACAGACG